AUGGCGUCCAAACAAGUCAGUUUCACCACGGCCUCGCGGUCCGCCGAAUCAUACACGAGUCUUCGCGAAAAGCUUCGGUCCAUGAGGAGCCAAUCGGCGCGCUCGUCCGCGGCGCCAUGGACUCGGAAACACGCGCCGAAGAAGGCCGAAGAGCCGACGACCGCCUUCGUCCUUGACGACCAUCCGCAGGAGUUACAAGCGGGCGCGCAGAGUUUCUGGAGAGAGGACUUCUUCCAAGACGCGUGCGUGAUCGUGGAGGACAAGAGCUUCCUGGUGCACAGGUUAGUCCUGGCGUCAUACAGCGCCUACUUCCGCAAUAUCUUCAUGGUGGACCAAGAGGCGAACGAAGACGGUAUGUUCGAAAUCACCCUGUCUGGCGUCCAGGCCAAAGUGGCGGAUAACGUCAUCCAGUCCAUGUACACAUCCAGACUCAACCUCAGCAGCACGAACGUGUUUGACGUGCUGGAGCUGGCGGAUGGGCUGAAGUACACAGUAGCCGUGCAGGCCUGCACCAAGUACUUAAGGGACAACCUCAACCUGGAGAACUGUCUGAGGACCAUGUCCUUGGCGAUCAGUUACCACCUGGACGACUUGAAGGAAGAUUCGGGAAAGUUUGCUGCGGACAGGUUUGAGGAGGUUAAGAACACGGCAGGCUUCAUAGCUCUAGAGUGGUACACACUGCGUGAUUUCAUCGCCAGAGACGACUUGCGAGUCACGCGAGAACUGCAGGUGUUCCAGGCGGUGGUGUCCUGGCUACAGAAGGACCGGGCCAAACGAGAGAAAUGGGCGGUACGUCUGAUGGAGAACGUCCGUUUCCCCCUCAUGACACCCAACGAGGUGGUGGACAAUGUGGAGUCCGUGGGUUUUCUGAUGUCCGCCCCCGAGUUCCAGGAGUUGGUGAAGGAGGCCACGCACUACCACCUGACGCCCUUACGGCAGAGCAUCCUCCAGUCGCCGAGGACAAACCCGCGGUCGUCCGUUCGUCUGCCCGCGGUCCUCGGCAUCGGCGGUACCGGGAAGAACGGCGGGGUCAUCACGUGUUUCAGUCCGGCGAGCGGCGAGUGGAGAACUUUCACCAAGAUGGAAACAGUCGCAAGACAUCACCACGCAGUUGCUGUCCUGGGAGGUUUUGUGUACAUCGUUGGUGGAGAGGAGUUGGGGAAAAGCAAGUCUGUCCUGUCUACAGCGUGUCGGUACGACCCGCGAACCGGGGAAUGGUUGACGGUGGCCAGCAUGAACAAGUGCCGACAGAGCUUCCAGCUAGGUGUGCUGGACGACUUCCUGUACGCAGUAGGUGGGCGGGUGACUAACCAGGAGAGCCUGUCAGACGUGGAGCGGUACAACCCUCAGGUGGACCAAUGGGAGGACGUGGCUCCCAUCAGCACCCCGCGGAGACAGGUUGCCGUGGCAACGCACAACCGUCGUCUGUACGCCAUGGGCGGGUCAGGUCACAACAGAAUCUCCAACAAGUUGGAACGUUACAACCCCCUCACCAACCACUGGGAGCAGAAGCGCCCCCUGCUCACCAACCGCUUCUCGGCGUCACUGCAGCCGGUGGGGGGCCGGCUGUACCUGGUGGGAGGCGUGACUGUGGUGAAGGGUCAUACCGUGGUGGGGGUGGACGUAGUGGACAGCUACAACCCCAACCUUGACCAGUGGACCAGGCUGACCCCCAUGUCCGUGCCUCGUAGUGAGGCUGGCUGCGCGACCCUGGACGGGAAGAUAUACGUUGUAGGUGGUUACGACUGGUGCGCCAACAAGAUCGUAGACCUGGUGGAAUGUUACGAUGUGGAAAAAGACGAGUGGAGCGCGGUGGCCUCAUAUCCCAACCGGGGGACUGGCAUAGCCUGCUGUUCCACCAUCCUCCUCAGGCUUCCCGAAGGCAGUGCCGAGUCCGACGGUACGUCCCUAACCAGCGUCACGGGCAGAGAAACCAGCGCCACGGGCACAGGAGUAACCAGCGCCACGGGCACAGUAACGGGACUGGAAAACACGGAAACGUCGUCCGAAAAGGACUCUCCGUCCAAGGCACGCGGGUCUCUGAGAAGCGCCGCCGUCUCAAGAAGUCGUCGAGAGCUGCAGGCCGAGGCGAGGGGGAAGCUGAAAAGACUCUCUUCAAAACACAAAGCGGAAGAAGAAGAAGAAGAAGCCGGAAACAGCACGGAAGAGGAGUGGGAGGUCAUGUCAGGGUCGCGUCCUGGGCAGGGGAAGUCAUUCUCGGCCCUCGUACAACCUUCCACAACGUACAGGAUAUGUGUAACUAGAAGAGCGGCCGUGCUGAGGACCAGGAGGGAGUUGGCGACGAUGGCGGCACAGCCGGCUCCUGGCGUGGUCUCGUCCGGCUCAGGUGCCGCUGUCGUGGGUACAUCGGGGGCGGCCGUGCCCUCACCUGUAGAAAUGCCUGUGGACAUUCCAUUCCUGUGGACAAAAUGCCUACGAAGUAUGUUUGACGACUACCGUACCAGGUGCAUCUGUCCCGUCGGGUGCGUCUGUGGCCACGUCGCCGACGUCCUCCUCCGCGUCCGUACCCUCCACAUCCUCGGCCGCCGGCGCCUCGGGGGACUGGGGCGCCUCGGGCGGGCUCUCACCUCCCUCCGCCGGGACAGGCGACUGUGCCACGGCGACGUGAACGGCUGCUAGGCACAGGGCCAGAAGUAGAACCAACCAACGCUGCAUGUUU